UGGUUGUCAAAGACUACAAAUGGAUGCUCUGAUUUUAAAGGAAGUAUAAUUUCAUUGCUGCGUUGUGUUGCUAGAGCACAAACUCAAGAAGAGGUAGAAGCAGCUAUUGAGUUACUAAGUUCAUCCAAGUUUUGGUUGGAUUACAGGUUUAACAGAUUUAAAAUAUAUAUAACAAAUUAUUGGUUAAGUAUUAAAGAAAAAUGGAUAUGGGCUUAUCGUCGCGAUCGAUUGUUGGUUGGUUUAAAUACUAACAGUGGGGUGGAAAGACAAAAUGAAUCCUUUAAAUAUUCUUAUUUGCAACAGCAUAAAAAUUCAUCUAUUACUAGUAUGCUAACCCUAUUAAUUGAAGAAUUUUUUCCAGACAAAUUUGAACAAUAUUCAGAAUCCAAUUUCAAAAUGAGUUGUCAGUACAGACGUUAUAGUAUGAAUGUACCUCAUUUUUUACAUAAUAAGCCACAUCAUUUUGUUAAACAUUGUUUACAGAAACAUAAUUUAGCUAGUAAUGCUGACCUAAAUGGAUUAAUUUUAGUAGACCAUGGAAUAUUUGAAGUAAAAAGUUUCUCAGAUGAAAGUAAAAGUUACAUUGUCAAUUUUAGCAAUGAAAACAACAUGCCAAAAUGUACUUGCAAUGAUUGGUUAAAAUCAGCUUAUCUUUGCAAACACUUUUUUUUGAUAUUUAGAAAACAUCCGCAUAAUUGGUCAUGGCAACCUUUAUCUUCUUUAUAUAGGGAAUCCCCAUUUCUAAAUAUUGACAUUAAAAAUGACUUGAUAUUAAAUCAAUCAAUUGUUUGUAAAUGCAACCAUGCAAAUAAACAUGUUCAAGUCAAUUCGUCAACCAAACUCAACGUCAUCAAAGUACAAUUUUCGAGGUAGCAGACACACCAAAAAACUUAAAGCACAACUUGUUUUAAAAAACAACUUCUCUUUACCAAAUUUGUGGUCAAACCACGGAACACUUGAAUCCAAAAUGAGGUGAAUUCAACAAAUAUAAAUAACUUCAAUUAUUGCAACCCUUUUGAGAAAAAAAUCGUAGUAAAAAUGUAACUGAUGGCAAUAUACUUGUGCUGACCUAUCAAAAUAUUUCAAUAUUUGAAGUGAGGGAAGCACAUAAUCAAUUGGUGCAUGAAUUUUUUUACAGACCAUGAAUUUUAAAUAAUACACUAUCAUCACAAAAUUGAAAUAAUAAAAAAGGGGAGUGAAAGAAGAGAUAUUAUGAUAUUAUUAACUUUUUAGAGGAUAGUAGAGGAUUUUAUAGGAGCUGUUAGCUAAAUGUAGAGGCCACCCUGUUAACGUAAAAUGUAAGCUUUAACGUAAAACGCAAAUUUGCACAGAACUCAGUGUUACAAAAAGUUAAACUGAGGUUAAAUGUUCAAUUUAAUAUGAAACUAAUUAUAUAAUCAUAUAUUAUUAUGAAAAUUUAAUAAUAAAACUAUAUAAUGAUAUGAAAUAUUAAUAUUAAUAAAAUAUAAAAUUAUAUAUUAACAUGAAAAAAAUACUUAAAUAAUAAUAUUAUUCCAUAAACUUACUCAAUAGAAAAGCAGUGUGUCCGUUAAACUGUUAAAUUGGCUGCCGAUUUUUUUUCUCUCUAGUUUUUUGGAUAGUAAAAAAAAAUGCAGUAAGCAGUGAACAAUCAUCAGAUGAUUUGUAAAUAAAGUGCAGGGUUCUUUUCAGGGUCAUUGGUUGCAAACAGAAAAUUUUUAAUAAAAAAAACAGGACUAUGGAAAUCUAAAAAACAAGAUUUUUUUUGGAAAA